GCGCAUGCGCUCUCGCCCCAGUCUCGAGCCCUUCUUUUGGGAGGGGUGAGGUGGGGCGGGUGUGUAGUACAGCCGCAUUUGUUCCUGAUGGAAAUGGGACAGGAGUGUGAAUUCAGUUUGGAAAGAAGACAGAGGUGGUGCUAAUAGAUGAGAGGUUAUUUCUAAUCAAAAUCACUGGUUUGAGAAAACUUAAUGUAAUAUCAGUAUUGGUAUUACCCACUCUAAUCAAGAUUUGUAGACUGCAACAAAAUCCUUCCAUCUGUAAAUUAAUACCAAGAUAAUUUCAAGAAUGUCCAGCAAGGAAGUGAAGACGGCUCUGAAAAGUGCCAGAGAUGCAAUCAAGAACAAAGAGUACAAAGAAGCUUUGAAGCAUUGUAAGACAGUGUUGAAACAAGAGAAAAAUAACUAUAAUGCCUGGGUUUUUAUUGGGCUUGCCGCAGCUGAGCUGGAACAGCCUGACCAGGCUCUGGGCGCCUAUAGGAAAGCUGCUGAGCUAGAACCAGACCAGUUGCUUGCAUGGCAGGGAUUAGCAAGUUUGUAUGAGAAAAGUAAUCACAUAAAUGCUAAGGAUGACUUACCCAGGGUUUACCAGAAGCUUCUGGAUCUUUAUGAAAGUGCUAAUAAGGAGAAGUGGUGUGAUGUGUGUAAGAAACUUGUGGAUCUAUAUCACCAAGAAAAGAAACAUCUGGAGGUGGCUCGAACAUGGCACAGACUGAUCAAGACACGGCAGGAAGAUGGUGCAGACAACAAGGAGCUCCAUCAGCUGUGGCGGAAGCUGACCCAGCUGCUGGCAGAGAGCACCCAGGACCAGAACAACGAGACCCAGCAGUUGCUUUUAACUGCAUUUGAGAAUGCACUGGACUUGUCAGAGAAGAUUCCGAGUGAGGAUCACCAAAUGCUUUAUAAACAUUUCAUCCACUGUUUAUCCAAAUGUCCUCAUGAGUCGGCCCGGUUGAAGGCGGCCUGUGAAGGAAUGAUAGACGUCUAUCCCACGGUGCAGUAUCCAUUGGAAGUGCUUUGCUUGCAUUUGAUUCAGUCAGGAUGUCUUACUGAGGAGGGACAGCAAUACUGUUGCAGACUGUUAGAAAUGGAUUCAAAAAGUGGUCCAGGCCUUAUCGGAUUAGGUGUCAAAGCACUGCAAGACAAGAAGUAUGAAGCUGCUAUUCAGAACCUAUCAGAAGGAUUAAGGGAGAGCCCUCUCUGCACAACUGGAUGGUAUCAUCUGGCAGAAGCCCAAGUCAAAAUUCAUAAGCCCAAGGAAGCUGUUCUUUCAUGCAAUGAAGCGUUGAAGCAUGUAGAGAAGCUUGGUGCAUCUGGGAGCAGUCUGCAGCAGAAGAAUCUGUGUCUGCGUUUGAAAGCAGAGGCGUUGAUUCAAGCCGCAGACUGUGACUCUGCCGAGGAAGCAGUUCGCACGCUGGACCAGGUUUCCGAUGCAAAUAAUGUCCCAGAACUUCUGGUUCUCAAAGGCUUGGCCUAUCUGAACAAAGGCUCAUUAGAUGAAGCUACAAAGAUUAUGGAAGACCUUCUCUCUUCUUAUCCUGACCUAGCUGCAGUCCAUGCCCUGGAAGCUUUAAUUCAUUUUACCAGAAAGGACUACCUCCAAGCAGAAAAAUGUUUUCAGGCAGCAGUGGAGAAGGCUGCUGAUGUUGCUGAAUAUCAUUACCAACUUGGGCUAACAUAUUGGUUCAUGAGUGAAGAAACAAGAAAAGAUAAAGCAAAGGCUCUUACCUACUUUCUAAAGGCCGCAAAACUGGAUACAUACAUGGGCAAGGCUUUCUGCUAUUUGGGUCAUUAUUACCGAGACGUGGUUGGAGAUAAAAACAGAGCCCGCGGAUGUUACAGGAAAGCUUUUGAAUUAGACAAAGCGGAUAGUGAAGCGGGAGCUGCUGCAGUUGACCUGAGUGUGGAGCUUGAAGACAUGGAAACGGCCCUAGCUAUCCUAACAGCAGUAACUCAGAAAGCAGGUGCUGGAACAGCGAAGUGGGCCUGGCUUAGGCGUGGACUGUACUAUUUGAGAGCGGGUCAACAUUCUCAAGCAGUGGCUGAUUUACAGGCAGCAUUAAGGGCAGACCCAAAGGACUUUAAUUGUUGGGAGUCAUUAGGAGAAGCAUACUUAAGCAGAGGGAGCUAUACGACGGCCUUGAAAUCCUUCACAAAAGCCAGUGAGCUGAACCCAGAAUCCGUAUACAGUGUGUUUAAGGUUGCAGCAAUACAACAAAUCCUAGGCAGAUACAAGGAGGCUAUAGCUCAAUACCAGCUGAUCAUUAAAAGGAAAGAAGAUUAUGUGCCUGCUUUGAAAGGUUUGGGCGAAUGCCAUCUCCUGAUGGCCAGAGCAGCUCUCGUGGAUUUUCUUGAUGGAAAAGCUGUGGACCACAUAGAAAAAGCACUGGAAUAUUUCACUUGGGCCCUGCAGCACCGAGCUGAUGUGUCCUGCCUUUGGAAGCUGAUCGGUGAUGCCUGCACCUGCCUGCAUGCUGUCUCCCCAUCCAAAGUGAACGUCCGUGUCUUGGGAGUGCUACUAGGUCAGAAGGAAGGAAAGCAAGCACUAAAGAAAAGUGAGCUCCUGCAUCUGGGAGGAAGGUGUUAUGGUCGUGCACUGAAGCUAAUGUCUACUUCUAAUACAUGGUGUGAUCUUGGGAUCAAUUACUAUCGCCAAGUACAGCACCUUGCAGAAACAGGCAGCAAUGAAAGUGAUCUUCAAGAGUUGCUGGAGAAAUCUCUACAUUGUCUGAAGAAGGCGGUGAGACUCGACAGUAGUAAUCACGUGUACUGGAAUGCUCUCGGUGUGGUGGCCUGUUACAGUGGUAUUGGAAAUUAUGCCCUUGCUCAGCAUUGCUUCAUCAAAUCAAUCCAGUCAGAACAAAUCAAUGCUGUUGCAUGGACCAACUUGGGAGUGUUGUACCUGGCAAACGAGCACAUUGAGCAAGCUCAUGAAGCUUUCAAAAUGGCUCAGUCCCUUGAUCCAUCUUACUUAAUAUGCUGGAUUGGACAAGCUCUUAUUGCAGAGGCAGUUGGAAGUUAUGAUACCAUGGAUCUCUUCAGGCACACCACAGAGCUCAGUAUGCACACGGAGGGAGCCAUAGGUUAUGCAUACUGGGUGUGCACAACACUGCAAGAUAAGAGCAACCGAGAGACGGAGUUGUACCAGUACAACAUUCUCCAGAUGAAUGCUAUCCCAGCAGCACAGGUUGUCUUGUGCAAAUACAUAGAAAGAAUUCAGAAUUAUGCUCCAGCUUUCACAAUGUUGGGUUACCUAAAUGAACACCUACAAUUGAAGAAGCAAGCAGCAGAUGCCUACCAAAGAGCAGUUUUGCUGUCUGUGGAAGACAAAGAUACAUACAAUGCUACAGUAAGACAUUAUGGCAGAUUGUUAUGUUCCAUUGGUGAAUAUGAUAAAGCUAUCCAGGCUUUUAAGUCUACGCCACUGGAAGAGUUAGAAGACAUCGUAGGUUUUGCAUUGGCUUUAUUUAUGAAGGGGCUGUAUAUAGAGAGCGGCAAAGCUUAUGAGAAAGCCUUGUCUGUUGUUGAAUCAGAGCAAGACAAAGCCCAUAUCUUAACAGCCCUGGCAAUCACGGAGUAUAAACAAGGGAAACUGGAUGCAGCUAAGACACUGCUGUUCAAAUGCUCUAUCUUAAAGGAACAAACUCCAGAGAGCCUCCAAGCACUGUGUGCUCUGGGCUUGGCCAUGCAGGACGCCACGCUGUCGAAAGCAGCCCUUAAUGAGUUACUGAAGCACAGCCAGCACAAAGGCAGUGGUUACCAGAGGUGCCUUCUGACCUCAGCCAUCCACGCCCUGCAAGGCCGCAGCGUGGCGGUGCAACGGCAGAUGUCCAAGGCCGUCCACAGUAAUCCUGCUGACCCUGCGCUUUGGUCUCUGUUGUCCCGUGUUGUUGCUCAGCAUGCCCAACGAAAUGCAAAGGGAGGUGCUGUGGCUGGAACUGUGGCUCAUAUUCUCGACUCAAAUCAUGGGAAGAAGGCACUACUGUACACUGCGGUCAACCAGUUGGCGAUGGGAAGCAGGUCAGCAGAAGAUGAGAGAAAUAUUGCUCUGAAGACCAUUCAGAAAGCAGCCCUUCUUGCUCCAGGUGACCCUGCUGUCUGGGCUGGGCUCAUGGCAGCAUGUCAUGCCGAUGAUAAACUGGCUUUGGUGAACAACACUCCCCCGAAGAGGAUGGAUUUAUAUUUGGCCCUGCUGUCUGCUGUUUCUGCUUCAAUUAAAGACAAAGAAUUCCUUGAAAAUUACAAGCAGUCUCUUGAAAAGUGGUCCCUAUCACAGGCUGUCACUGGUCUAGUCGACGCUGGAAGAACAGCUGAGGCCGAAGCUCUCUGCACAAAGAAUUUGAAAAGUAAUCCUGAUCAGCCAGCUGUUGUUUUGCUUUUGAGACAAGUUCAAUGUAAACCUCUCCUGGAGUCCGAGAAGCUUCUUCCAGAUGCUGUCCUGGAAGAACUGCAGAAGACAGUGAUGUCCAACUCGGCCUCUGUUCCAGCGUGGCAGUGGCUGGCUCAUGUCUAUCAGUCACAGGGAAUGAUGGGUGCUGCCGAGAUGUGCUACAGGAAGAGUCUCCAAGUGGCCUCGCAGCAGGGCAGCUGGAGCGGGAAGCUCUCGAGUCUGCUGAGACUCGCCCUGCUUGCCCUUGAAGUCUGCAGGGCUGAUGUUUCCAGUGACCACUGGCCAUCGUUGGUUCAAGAGGCUACCACCGAAGCCAUGAAACUUUGUUUUUGUCCAUUGGCUGUUCUUUUACAAGCCUUGUUACAGUUCAGUCGCAAAAUGGGGGCAAGAGACACACGGCGACUGCUGGAGAGAGUGGUCUAUCAACCUGGAUACCCCCAGUCUGUGGUAUCAGCUGCGCGUUGGUAUCUGCUGCGACACCUGCAUGCCAAAAAUGACUAUGAGCUCAUUGACGUGCUGAUCAAGAACGCAGAAACCCACAGCGAUACAAGGGCAUUGGAACUGAAUCAGAAAUUAUCCUCACAAUAGCAGUGGGUUAUUUUACAGUAAAGAAGCGUAGAAAUAACCGUGCAUCUUAAACAAUGAAUCAAGACCUCCCAAAGCACCAUUUUGUUAAAAACUAUAGUCAUCUAUUUGUUUUCUUACUUUUUAAUCUAAAGAGCUUGAAGUUCUUAAGUUAGGGAUGUAGCUUUCCAUUCACUCCUUACCUAAUUUUAAACUGAAAGGCACAAUGCGAGGAAAUCCACCCCCCCCCCCCCGGGUUGCAUACCAGUUAUCUGUAAACAUGGCUGUGUGCUUCUUGCAUGGUGCACGAUUGGGUACCUUGGUUUUUUUUAAGCCCUUACAAUAAAGCCUUAAUAGCCAUUCUCUAAAUAAUCUGCAAAAGCAGAUUAGCACAAUGCAGAAUUUUAGUUUGUAAAAAAAAAUUCAGUUAGUUUUUCCUGUAGAGUUCAGUCCAACUCAUCAUAAAAUCC